AUGCUCGUUUCAGUGCAGAAGCACCUUCGAGCCGUCGGCCGAGAACACCCAACUUCCAAUCACGAUGUCGAACGCAUUUACUCGACAAUCCUACCAGAUACGAUUGCAUCGAUAGUCCGCCAGCUGCCUCGUGGCAGCGUCAAGCGCAUCUCGGGUCUCAUCUACGAAGAGACGCGCGGCGUGCUCAAGGUCUUCCUCGAGAACGUCAUCAAGGACUUGGUCACAUACACGGAGCACGCGGGCCGCAAGACGGUGACGGCCAUGGACGCUCAAGAGUCCGGGCACCUUCACAUCGCGAUCACUGCGCUGCUUGCCGUGUCCACGACGGCCCUUGACCUCUCGCCGACAGCGCGGGCAUCGCUGACACUCGAACUCGACGCGUGGAACCAAGUGUUUGGCCCCUCGUACUUGCCGCGCGGCGCGUCCAAGGCUGCACUGGCAGUGCUACAGGCUACUAAGCCCCACGCAAGAUUCGAACUCGGUCGUUUUGCACUCUUCUCGCUCGCCGAGUUUCGAGCCCAGUUCCGCACAACGCCCAAGCCGCAGCACGACAACGUUCCUCGACUCGUGAAGCGCGGUGUCGGCGUCGCAACGGCACCGUGGACUGCGUGGGUCUUUUCGGCGACUGCGGUCGUCGAAGCCGCCCACUGCAUUGCCACUGGGACGCUGCUCGACGUGUCGGAGCAAGACAUUGUGAGCUGCGACCGCGACCUCUUUGACGACGGCUGCAACGGCGGCGUCGAGUUUACGGCCAUGGAUUGGAUCUCCAAGCAAGGUAUUUACCUCGCCAACGAUUACCCGUACACGUCUGGCGUCGAUGGUCAGAACGGCGUGUGCCAAAUGAGCUGCAAGAAGCAGUCGCUGGCCAUCAAUAGCUUUGAUUUUGCGAUUGGUGAGCCGGCGCUCGAAGCUGCGCUGGCAGUGCAGCCGGUCGCCGUCGAAGUCGAGGCCGCCAACUUUGCGUGGAUGCUGUACAAGGACGGGAUUGUCACCGAGUGCCCCGGGAACGACGUCGACCAUGUCGCUGUCACCGUCGGGUACGGUGUCGAGAAGGGCGUCAAUUACUUCAAGGUGCGCAACUCGUGGGGCGCCGACUGGGGCGAGGCAGGGCCGACGUUUCGGGCCCUGAAGACGACGCCAGCCCCGACGACAAAACCGGCUUGCUAACGUUAAGCUUAAGCUUCCUGCUCGA